AUGAGCAAGUUUCGGGGGCCUUAUUACGACCGCCGAAGACAUCCUUGGCAGUCAGACCAACUGACCCUGGCCAGGCGGAAACAGCCGUCGCACCCCAAGGGACGUGCACCCAUCAGCGGUAGGGAGCCUUCCUCCUACUUCGACGGUUGUCACCAAAGGUCGCCCCCUCGGGGUCGGACCUAUCGCAGCCGGGGCGAGCCGGUGCAGGAUGCCGCGGUUCUCAGGGGAUCGCUGUUCGAUCGAAACACGCUCGGAUUUGGCGGCAGCCGCUCAGAGAAGUGCCACCUUUGCCCGUGUUACGGGGUGGCGGUUACUCGCGCGCCACAACCUAUCGGAGGACCCGUACACACGGUCGGCCUCGUCCUGUCGUCUGGCAACCACCCACGCAGACACCAGGCCUUUUUAGAAGUGGGGGUCAGACUGGUGGAGCGGGGGUCUCCUCACAGCCUUCCUCUCAUGGAGUCUGGGAAGAUCCUGCCGGGGGUCCGGAUCAUCAUCGCCAACCCAGAGACCAAAGGACCAAUGGGAGAGUCGCACCUGGGAGAGAUCUGGGUGCAGAGCGGCCAUAACUCCAGCGGGUACUUCACGGUGUACGGAGACGAGGCGCUGCAGUCCGACCACUUCAACUCCAGGCUGAGCUUCGGAGACACGCAGACCCUCUGGGCUCGAACCGGGUAUCUGGGGUUCCUGCGGCGCACCGAGCUGACGGACGCCAGCGGGGAGCGACACGAUGCUCUGUACGUGGUCGGGGCUCUGGAGGAGGCCAUGGAGCUCAGAGGGAUGCGUUACCAUCCCAUCGACAUCGAGACCUCCGUCAUCCGGACGCACAAGAGCAUCACCGAGUGCGCGGUGUUCACCUGGACCAACCUGCUGGUGGUGGUGGUGGAGCUGGACGGAUCGGAGCACGAGGCUCUGGAUCUCGUGCCCCUGGUAACCAACGUGGUUCUGGAGGAGCACUACCUGAUCGUGGGCGUUGUCGUGGUCGUGGACAUCGGCGUCAUCCCCAUCAACUCCCGUGGCGAAAAGCAGCGAAUGCACCUCCGCGACGGAUUCCUAGCCGACCAGCUGGACCCCAUAUAUGUGGCGUACAACAUGUAGCGCCCCCUGGUGGACAACAUGGAGGCGGAGGAAAGGAAAAAGAAGUUCUGCCCCAGAGACUGAAACUAUAAAAAACCGGAGUCAGACUUUUUUUUACGCUGAUUCGUCGCUACGUGCUGCUGCCAACUUAGCUCCCAAAAAUCCAGUGGUUGUGUUGUAUUAGCGCUCAGGCCGUGCUUUUAUUUUGAAGGAUGCAAAAAUGUGCAGCAAACUCCAUUCAAAGCAAGAAAGUUCUUUCCUUUUUUUACCCGAAAUAAGUGUCAAUCCUGGAGGCGGAGAAGAGGACAAUCGCUAACGAAGAUUCUGGUUUUUAAAUUGCGUUCGGUUCAAGUAUUUGCUUGUUUGUUUUUUCUUUAAACAUAAAAAAAAGUCAGGCUAUUUUUUGAUAUUUACACAAAAACAAACAUCUGUGGCAUAGAUGAUAUUUUAUCAAAUCACAGAGAGCGGGGUAUGUUUUGAUACGAAGGUCGGGUCGCAGCGAACUUUACGAUGAGGUACGACACGCUUGUUUCAUGCUAGCUUGUUGUUUUUGUUUGUUUUGUAAACGUUACUUUGUUUAUUAUUUUCCGAACCGUCCGUCCCGUUUCAGCGGGAGGUCAGUGUGCUAAUAGCUAACAGCUGCAGCCUUUAACUCCAGUUACUGUUCAACAACACAUCAUUUCAUAUCAUGUAAGUAUGUACAAAAAGAAACUGAUUUAAUUUAUUUUGUUUCUCUUUUAGAAGUUUACGAUGAGACAUUCAAGAAUGUUUUGCUCUUGAAUAUUUGCUAUUAUUACAAAAAAACACCUAAAAAGCAUUGUAUUAUCUGGAGGGAAACACACUCAUGGACGGGGAAAUAGAAAUAUAUAUAAUUAUAGAUUAUAUUAAACGUUAGGGAUUCAAAGAAUAAAGACACAGGUCGAACUGCAUGUUGGUCUGAAAUGUUUAAAUCAGUGAAAUUAAACCUAUUUAUGAGUUUUAUUCCACAUGAAGAAAUCUGAACCAACUCUUGUAUUAUAUUAAGUCUUUAGAAGUUCAGUUUUUUACAAUAAAAAGUAGGAAAGAUAUGAAAAGUCAUCCUUGCCCUUAAAUGACAAAUACCAGUGUUUACAGCCCAGCCCAAAAAAACUAGUGCCGUUGUAUCUUAAACAUUUUAAAAUAUGUUUUAUGUAUGAAUUUAUAAUCCAAAACAUCACAGAGAAAAAAUUGAAAUAUUCUUCUCCCUCUAUUUUGACUCCGUAACACAGUGACAUCACUAAAAACACCUCUAUAAGUAAAAUAAGAAUACAAAUAUGUGCCGUUUUCAAAGAAGAGAUGUGUUUUGAUGGCAGAGGAAUAUUAUACUAAUGUCACUUUUCAGAUAUUAUUAUAUUUUUGGAUCAGAACUCUUCAUAUGUCGUGUUUAUCAGGGAGCAAAUGCCAUCUCUAAAAUGAAACUCCUCCAUUCAAACAGACCAACAUGCAGAGCAGGAUUAAUUUAGGAACAUUAAAAUAAAGAAUCCUCAGCAACUCGUCAGAGGGACGGCAGGAAGGCGAGCAGCCGCUACGAUUGUAAAUAUCGAAAAAGUCAAAAGUCCGUCUUAUUUUUUACACGGACCGAUCAAUCAGGGCUCGAACUGAGAUGUCACGGCAGGACAUAAAAGACUGAAAACAGGAAGUGGAGAGCGGAGAGAGGUUUAGCAGGAAAUACGAGAAUGUUCUAGUUUCAACACGAGAAAAAAAAGCACUUUCUUCACCGUUUGUUUCUUUCUUUAAUCA